AUGCCCGGGGCUACGGCAACAGAAGCACGAUUCGAGGCGGGGAAUAAGAAACGGCCUGUUGACGUGGUAGACUCCAUCAUCUGUUUCCGCAACAAAGAUCAUCAGUUCUGGUGGGAUCGAACCGGAAGCCACCUUGCCCAGUUGUUGAAGUAUGCCGGAUAUGAGAAAUCAGAACAGUACCAGGAACUGCUCUUCUAUGCUCUACACGUGGUCCCGGAGCUUGGCCCAUCGCCGGAUGCAGGUGGCCAAAUGAGAUGGCGCAGUCCCCAGACCCCAGACGGAACCCCCAUUGACUUCAGCUGGGAAUGGGGUCUCCAAGGCAAAGGGGUCGUGAGAACCUCCUUUGAGCCGAUUGGGCCACUGGCGGGAACGAGCGCCGACGCAUCGAACCGCCAGGCGACGAAGGCUUGGAUACGUCACUUGGACAGCCAAGGACUUGUCGCUGGUCUUGACUUGGAGUGGUAUUACCAUUUCGUCGAGAACCUGCUGCCGACCGACAUUGAGCGCGUGCGGCUAAACGAGAAACUCGGGUUUGAGCUGGCACCGAGAGCAGGGACCUUUGUGACGCGCGACAUUGGCAGGUCUGGGCCCAUCGUCAAACUAUACAUAUUCCCUGGACUGAGGGCGGAGGAACUGGGCGUCUCCAAUCUCGACGUCGUGACUCGGGCAGUGAAGAGUCUUCCAGCGGAGCAGUAUGAGUAUCUUGGAUGCGAGCCGCUUCUGGACUACCUCCACGAGGCCGCCGUCAAAUGGAACAUGGAGACUGGCAUUUUCUCCUUCGACCUCUUGUCGCCCAAGACCUCGAGGAUCAAGCUCUACACACGGGCCCCUAACACAACCGUGGACUACCUCAUGGACGCCCUCACGCUUGGGGGUAGAUACAACCGCUCGGUGUAUAGCGAAGAAGCAUUGGCCGACGUACAGGACUUUUGGAACAUCUUCAUCGGCGAUGCCCCCGAUGUCCUGCCUUCGGGCGGAGCUGAGCGCGCGGGGCCAGGCUUUUACUUCACAGUUGGAGGCGGCAAGCUGGCGUCACCAAAGGUUUACAUUUCCCCAAUGUCCUUCUGCAAGAACGAUGGAGAGGUGCUAGAACGUCUGCGUUACUUUUUUUCAACGCGACGUAACGCCGAGCAGAUGCUUCCUCAAAUGGACAACUAUGAGGCGGCGUUGGAGAGCAUCUAUGGCACUAAGCUUCUCCAGAGCCACGUCGGCAGUCACUUUUAUACCUUGGAUCAGGAGAGAGAGGCUCGCAAGGCACAGGCUGACAGAAAUGAAAGGGACCGCCUGUUGUGGCAAAUAAUGGAGAAGACCAAAGAUGACAUGUAUUGA